UUCCUCUUUCUGAUUUGCAAGACUUCACACGAAGGACGAGGCUUUCAAAAACACUGAACAUGUCUUCGAAACUCAAAGUGUCUAAUGGAGACUGGGUUUGCUCCGAUAAAAGAUGCGGGAAUGUCAAUUUUGCAAGGCGUACUUCAUGCAAUCGGUGUGGCAAAGAGAAAGGAAAUAUUGAUUCAGUCAAGCUUACUGGUUCUGAAAUUGGAAAGCACGCUGCAGCAAAGAGCAAAGGGUUGUUUAGUGCUGAAGACUGGAUGUGUUCAAAAUGCGGCAAUGUAAACUGGGCUCGAAGGAGUGACUGUAACAUGUGCGGACAUCCUAAAUUCUCCAAAGUUGAAUUCAGAACAGGAUAUGGUGGAGGAUACAAUGAACGCGAAGGAGUAGAAUACAUUCACAGAGAAGAUUCUGAUGAUGAGUUUGAUGAGUUUGGAAGAAGGAAGAAACCUAAACAAGGAGUUCGUCAAUCAGUUACCGAACAGAAACCACCAAAAGAAGUACCUUACAGUGACGAGGAAGAGGAAGAUGAUGACGAUGAUGAAGAAGGAGGUGACCUGUCAAAAUAUAACUUGGAUGAUGAGGAUGAAGACGAAGAUGAAGAUGGCGACUUAUCUAAGUACGCCCUAGACGCUUCAGACGGUGAAACCAAGGAUAAGGGCCGCCGGUCAAGAUCAAAAUCUGGCUCCCCACCAAGCAAGAAAAAACGGCGCAGUGGCAGUAGUAGUUCAUCUUCAUCAUCAUCAAGGUCUAGAAGCAGUUCUUCGCGGUCACGCAGUCAAUCAAGGUCUCGAUCAAAGAGCACCAGUUCAAGAUCGAGGUCUAAGUCACGUUCCCACUCAAGAUCUCCCAAACGGUCCAGUCCAAGGGAGAAGAGCAAGAGGUCCCGCUCCCGUUCCAGAUCGAAGUCUCGAUCUCGCUCUCACUGAAGAUUGACUGGAGUGAUAGAGGCCACUGUUGUAGGUCAAGUAAGUGAGGGGCAAGAGAGCUUGUACACACUUAUUAUUGUGGGCAAGCAGGCUAGGCUUGACAGGAAUACUUGUCAAAGUGUCAAGAUGUCCUCUUCUUGGGCAGAAUGAAGAGACACCCUGGCUAUGAGUAUGAGUAUUUGGGUUAUGUAUUUAUUUAAUGCCCAAAGACAUGUAUAGAUCAGGUGCGGACCUAGGAGAGAUGGCGACUCAUUUCCGAAACAACGGGUGCCUUCUAGAGGGGUCCAGGGCCAAGCUAUCUUAUGAAAUGUUUUGGAUUUUAACUCCCUAAAGUCCCCUUUCCUGUGUUUCUGAGGCAUUCUGAAAAAUCUGACUGAUUUUUGUAAAGUGGUGGAAACCAGGGUGGAUCUGUGCAUGUAGAUACAUUCACAUUGUGUGCAAGAGGCUUUUACCAGACCAAUAUUUUCCAGACAGAACAUUACCAGUUAUGAUUCCCUUUAAGCCACACAACCUUGUCAGUUAUAUUGGCCUUCUUCAAUGUUCAAGAUGAAGAAAAUUCUAUUUUACUGAUAGCGUACAUUUCUUUAAUGUCAUUUCUGGAAAUUUAGUGGUGCAUCAGGACCGUAGUCUCUCUCUAGUUGAUGAUUUUCUUUGUUCUCGUUGCCUGUCUGCUUGACAUUGUUUUUGUAUAUUGUAAGUAGAAAUUAAAUUUUGAUCACAUGUGAAUUUACAGAGCUGAAGGGAAAGUGUCAGGAGUAUUUAAUGUUCAAAAUACAAGGGGAACUUUGGAAGUUCUGUCCUAUAAAAUAAAGGUAGCUUCGUCUAACAGAGGCAUCCUUGAAAAGAAAGUUACGUUAUUCUAGUUGGAAGGUGUUCAAAUUAAUGUAAAUGUGCAUGUCACAUUGGCAGUGAAACCAUCCAACAGACUGAUGACUAUUCCCCUGUACAGUCAGCCCUAGUCCGAGACAUCUUCUGUAGUGUCAAGUCUGCUCAUGACACUUCACCUUUGGUUUGAUUGAAUGAGAUCACACCUCUAACAAUUUUGUACUUCACAAGUUUGUUUUCAGGGAUAUGAAUUGCUGAAGCUUCAAGAGCUUACUUAGAAGCAAGAAGUACCUUGGACAAUGAUGACUGGCUUUGUUUAGCACAAAAUGAAACCAGUGUUCUCCCAACUUUUUUUUUAUUAGGAAAAGAAAACUUUGUUGCAAAAAUUUACUUUGUUCACAAGAUAAUAAAAAUAUAUUAAAACUGUGUGGAACUUGUGUCAUUACUUGUAGACUAUGAGCAGUUCUUCAAGAAACAAAAAAGGCAAGAACAAAACCUGGGCAAAUGUUGGGAAGCAAAAUGUUUUCUUUUUGUUUUUUCAAAAAAUAUUAAUACACCUCCCAUGGAGGGUUUUUUGGUUUGGACCUCCCUCCUCACCCCCAUUCCUCAUGGAAAUUCCAGUUUUGGGCUUUUGCAACCUCCCUUUCUCCUUGGAAUUUCCAGAAACCCUCCUUGGGGUGGGUAUGGAUAUUUUUUGGAACUGCACAAUGUGAGUUCAUGUGGCCAUUAAUUUUGUUGCUCCUUUUUCACUUCUCAUUCACCAAGCUAUAGAAAAGGAGCGACUGCUCAGUCUCAAAAACUUAAAGUAUUGGAAAUAUCAAAUAUUUCAUGCAUAGAAAUUGAGAGCGAAUGAUCUAAUUGUUUUACUCUACUGGCGGUUUGUCACGAAUGCCAUUCGCUGAUUGGCUAUGUUACUCACUAUCCUGUUGUAGAUAGUGAGUAGCGUUGCAGUGUGCUCGUUAUCAAAAUGUUAGCCGAUUCUUUGUGUUUCAAGGUAUCGGCACAAGCUGUCGAGAUGUAAUGCUGAUGUAAGCAAAGAUAAUUUACGUUUUUAUUAUCAAAGUAAACAAGUUGCCUAUUUUUGUUGUUGAAUUUUCUAAA